AGGGCGUGCUGCAGUCCCGGCGGCCGCGGCGGCUGGAGGUGCAGCCUCCCAGGUGGGAGGCGGGGGCCGCGGGCGCAGGAACAGGCGCCUCGGGAGCGGGCGUUCGGCGGGGCCUCUCCGGGCCCCGAGCGCGGCGCGGCGAGGGGGAGCGAGCGCGCCGGGAGCACGCAGGCGCCCUGCUCCGGCUGGCCCUCGGCCGGCGCGCGGCGCGGGAGCAGCCCGCAGCCCGCCCCCCGCGGCCCCCGCAGCCCCCGGGCCGCCCGCGGCCGGCCGUCGGGAGCGGCCCCUCGGCCGGCAGCGCCGGCGGCUCGCCCGGGAGAGCGCCCCGCGGCGGGACGGCCCCCGCGCCGCCCCGCGCGCGCCCUCCCGCCCGCGGCCACUCGCAGCCGGUGCCGGCCGGGCCGGCGCGCCCCGCAGGCAGCCGGAGCGCGGCCUCGGCCUCGGCGGGAGCGAGCCCCGGGCCGCAGCCCGCGGGAGGCGGCGCGGGCGGCCGCGGGCACUGACGGCGUCGCGGGGCGCUCCCGGGCGGCGGCGCAGAGGCGGAGGCGCAGGGGGCGGAGGCAGGGGGCGCCCCCAGCCAGGAUGCUGCGGUUUCUGCGCCGGACCUUUGGCCGCCGCUCCAUGCAGCGCUACGCGCGGGGCGCGGCGGGGCGCGGGGCCGCCGGGCUGGGGGACGAGCGCGACGGGGGGCUGCGGGGGGGCCCGGCCUCCGCCGCCGCCUCGACGCUGCCCGCCGCGCCCGGGGGCAGCGUGUUCCCGGCCGGCGGCGGGCCCCUGCUCACGGGCGGCGCGGCGGUGCACAUCUCCGCCGCCGGCGCCGCCAAGGCCACCCUCUACUGCCGCGUCUUCCUGCUCGACGGGACCGAAGUGAGCGUGGACCUGCCGAAACACGCCAAAGGCCAGGAUCUUUUUGAUCAGAUCGUAUACCACUUGGACCUUGUGGAAACAGAUUACUUUGGCCUCCAGUUCCUCGACUCCGCCCAGGUCACACACUGGCUGGAUCAUUCCAAACCCAUAAAAAAACAGAUGAAAACUGGACCUGCUUAUGCUUUGCACUUUCGAGUUAAAUAUUAUUCUUCAGAACCGAACAACCUGCGUGAAGAGUUUACAAGGUACCUGUUUGUUUUACAACUCAGGCAUGACAUUCUUUCAGGAAAAUUGAAAUGCCCCUAUGAAACAGCUGUGGAAUUAGCUGCUCUCUGUCUACAAGCGGAGCUUGGGGAGUGCGAGCUUCCAGAACACACGCCAGAGCUUGUGUCUGAGUUUCGGUUCAUUCCAAAUCAGACAGAAGCAAUGGAAUUUGAUAUCUUCCAGAGAUGGAAAGAGUGCAGGGGAAAGAGCCCUGCCCAGGCGGAACUCUCCUAUCUGAAUAAAGCGAAGUGGCUGGAAAUGUAUGGGGUAGACAUGCACGUUGUCAGGGGAAGAGAUGGCUGUGAAUAUUCUCUUGGACUGACCCCGACAGGCAUAUUAAUCUUUGAAGGAGCUAACAAAAUAGGCUUAUUCUUUUGGCCUAAAAUUACCAAAAUGGAUUUUAAAAAAAGCAAAUUGACACUCGUGGUGGUAGAGGAUGAUGAUCAGGGGCGAGAGCAGGAGCACACGUUUGUGUUCCGGUUAGACAGUGCCCGGACCUGCAAGCACCUCUGGAAAUGCGCUGUUGAGCAUCACUCGUUCUUCCGACUGCGGACGCCGGGAAAUAGCAAAUCCAACAGAUCAGACUUUAUCCGCUUGGGGUCUCGCUUCAGAUUCAGUGGGCGGACAGAAUAUCAGGCUACACAUGGCUCCAGAUUAAGAAGAACCAGCACCUUUGAGAGGAAGCCUAGCAAACGCUAUCCAUCCCGGAGACAUUCGACCUUCAAAGCAAGCAACGCGGUGAUAGCAGCUCAGCUCUGUGCUAAAACAAAUCCUGAAAUUCAUAAUUACCAGCCUCAGUAUCAUCCCACUGUCCACCCCAGCCAGCCUCGGUGGCAUCCUCACUCUCCAAAUGUAAGCUACCCGCUCCCUUCCCCAGGGCUCAGCAGCUUGGACCGGCUGCCUUUUGGCAUCGAGGAGAACGGGGGCACGCCAUUCACCACCAAAGUUCCAGGAAGGCACCACCACCACCACCAUCAGCACCAGCACCACCCAAACUAUGGCCUCUCGCUGACCCUGGAGAACAAGGAGGGCCCUUCGAGGUCCCCAAACUCUAUCAGUAAAUCCCUUCCAAAACUGAGUCCAGGACCACCUGCCCUGUUCAGCGAAGCUGCUGCCCAUCUCAAGAAGCUGGAACUGGAAACCGUGAAGGCUGCUGGGCCCUGGCCCGCUCUGCACAUCAACAUAAAUAAGGCUGAAGAGAAGAAAGUUUCUGAGAAGACUCUUCAGACCCCACUCUUGCCGUCCCCAGUGGCUGAUCAUGUGAAGUGCAACAUUUUGAAAGCCCAGUUGGAGAAUGCUUCCCGUGUGAGUGCCCAGGUUGGAAAAGAGGAGUCAACGUUUGUAAAUAUCAAUAAGAAAUCCAGUCUUCAGGACACUAAUGUAAGAAGUCCGAUUCCUAUACGUGUGGAAACUGCCCAGCCAGUGGUGGAAAAGCCAGAAAUCAAGCCUCCCCGAGUGAGGAAGUUAACAAGACAAUACAGUUUUAACCGCAGUGAUGAAGACGACCUCCCUCCGGACCUGGCUGAGGCAGUAGGAACACCCACCGCUGCCACCUCCACCACCACAGCCACCACCACACAGGUCUCAGCAACGCUGGCAUCUCCCAAGGUCCACAAAAUCAGCUCGCCUCAGAAUUCUGAAGGCCAGGUUCAGCUGUCCCCAGGGGUCAAGAGCCCCUCUGACCGAGGAGGUGCCUUUACCUUGGAGCCAGGCGAUCUCCUGAUGGAUUUCACAGAAGCCACUCCUCUGAUAAAAACAUUCCCAGCUGAUGCAGUGCCCCCGUUUCCUGAUCCUUUCAUUACAGGGCCACAGUUUACUGCAGAUUUUAGAGACAGUAAAUCACAGUGCUGUCCUGGCCAGUCUUCCCCGCUCAUUCCAACAGCGACCCUGAGGCCUUUGACAGAGACCAGCUCCACAGUGCAGACCAUCUACACCACCCGGAAGCCUGUUUCUCUGGCAGCCAGUGCAGAGACGCUCCGGCAAGAACUAGAGAGAGAGAAAAUGAUGAAAAGACUGUUGAUGACCGAACUGUGAAAUUCUUCCCUCGUUGCCUGGAGGAUGGCACGGUGCCUUCUGUCCGUUUUCUUUCUUCGGGCUUUGUGUGCUCACUCUAGCACAACAUACAAUGCGUGUGCUCUGUUUGCCCGGUCUCCAUGGUUAGUUGAAGCCAACUUGUGGCUUGACUUGUAUUGGAAACGUUACUUUAUGUCUCCUGAGUAUUAGAGUUUUUCUACUACUCAUUGUAGUUGAGACAGAAUUUGAUAAGCCUAGGAGAAGAAUAUGGGGAAAUGGGGAUUCCUUUUCAGAAGUACCUGUGUGUGUAUAUAUCAGUAACCACAGGGAUUAACAUGGCAUGGAAUCCUUUACUAUCAAUCACAACCACGAUUUUGUAUGAUGGAAACUAGCACCAAGCUUUGUUUGUUAAAGAGUCAUUUUUAAUGAGAGAAUAAUUCCUUACUGUUGAUUUUUUUUUUCAUUUACACUGGUAAAUACACAGAUCUUAAAAUGUCCUUAACAUUCAUUUUUAUUCAAACAUGAGUAGUGAACUAAAAAAGAAAGUUGUAAUCACCAGGACUGAAAGUACUUCAGCUUCACUUGAAAUAUAAUUUAUCUUGUGAAUUUGUUAGAUACAAUUUUAUUUGGGAUAAACAAAAUUCAUCGUUGAACUCAAAGUAUGGCUUCAAUUGUCUAAAACACCCUUCCAAGGUUGAAAGGAUUCAAUAUCAAGAUUCGUUUGGGUGUCCCAUAAGGAAAACUAUUUCUAAAGUUGAUCAAUUCAUGUCCUGUUGAUAGAACCUUGACCAGAAGAAACUUUGCUCUCUUUUUAUAUUGUUUCAAGAAAUGUGUUUUUAGAUUUUUAUUAUGCAUUUGAACAACUUUGCAGGAAUAAAGAAACCCCCUAACCAUACACUGUCCCUUUAAAUUGUUUCCCAAGCUUUCUCAAUAUACCCCCCACCCGCCUUUUUAUGUAGCUCUGGCCAUCUGGUUGUUCUACAUCUAACACAUAUCCCCUCUGAUCAGCACAGAUCCUACACUCACCACUUUAAAUGUCUUUGUAUCCAUGUAACUCGAUUAACCUCACUUCUUCCCAUUAUAAAACAUUUGCAUUAUAUCCAAGUUUUCACUCUUAUAAAUAGUGCUGCUAUGAAUGUCUUUGUAAAAACAAAAACAAAAAAUAUUGAUCCUUCAUUUGGACUUUUCCCUUUGGAAUAUCUCCAAUGAAGGAUUACAAGGUCAAAGAGCAUGAACUAUUUUAUAGCUCUUGUUUCAUAUUGUCAGAUUGCUUUCUAGAAAGAUCCAAUCUCUGGGUUGGAAGGACCUUAAAGGUCAUUUAGUUCAACCCCCUAUGCCCUCUGAAUGCUUGAAUCCCCUCCACAAUUUAUGAUGCCACCAGCAAUGUAUAAGCAUUUCUAUUUACCAACAGCUCUGCCAGUGUUGGGUUUUGCCAUUUUAUUUAUUUUCGCUAGUUUGAUAGAUGUGUAUAGUUGUUCUUGAAAGGUUGUUUUACUUCAUCAGUUACUAGCAAGGCUGAGCACUUUUCCAUUGUGAUGAUUUACUAGCUGUAUUCCUUUGUGUGUACAAUGUCCAUCCAUUUCUUAUGACCACUUGUUAAGUGGAAUUGAUCACGUAUAUUUGUAUCAGAACUGUAUUUUUAUGUUGUAUUGUAUAGUUUGCUCUCCUGUCCCUAUCCUUAAAACUGAAUGGUGCCAAUAAUUUGAUACUAAUGAUUAUUAAAAAAAGUAAUGCCUCAUUUACUAGCAUUGUUGUGAAAUGAGGCAGGUAAGCAAAUAUUCAGAUAACAGAGGAUUAACCCUUUAAGUGCUGAAUCUUUAAAAUUUUAAUAUUUUUUGAGGGAAAUCUUUCUAAAAUGUAUUACACACUUCCCUGCCUUAGUAAACAGAGUAUUCUGGAGAGUAUUUAACCUUUUCUUAAUGAGUCACGGUCAUCAUUAUGAACAUCAGUCCCUUUUGUACCUUGGUGUGGUGCAGUGAUGUCAUCAGGAGCUUUCAAAAUAUGUGGGGCUUGGCUUUGCCUCUCACGGACCAGUAUGCUCUUCUCACUGAUGGCUUUUACUGCCGUCUGCCGUUGGUGAAGCCAUCUUAGGGCAGUCGUGGCAUUUGGGACCUUUUACCCCCAUGCUCCAUGACCCCUGCCUGUACUUGUAAGUCAACUCUAGCUGUUCUUAAUCUCGUGCACAUGAUACAAAGUGUGUUCCUGUACAAUUUGGAGGUGAUAUCUGUGUCAGGGCUGUCGCCUUUUGUCAACCCUCCACUCGCCUCCUCCUCCAACCUGCUUCCUGACUCUUCUGCUCCCACUUCCUGCUCUCUGGUGGGCAAAACUGAAGUUUUUCUUGGGGAAGCCAGGAAACACAGUGUUCCAUACGUGUCAGGUUGACUUUGCUUCUUAGGAGGGUGCAUGGGCUUUUGGCCGCUGUUUUCAGGGGGCGCUGAGCCCCCUGCUUCUUCCCCACUUCCCUCUGGGUUCACAGAUAUUUUAGAAGGUUGAUGUCACUGGAAGUCUGAUUACAGUCUGGCUGUUACUGUAUGUGAAAACCCAGUACCUUUGGCAGCUCUACUCUAACCAGUAAAAUCAAGAGGAUUCCAUGGUUUUGGCAGUUGUCCUGGUUAUUUGCCUGCUUAAAUGUCUGAUGGAUGCUUGGCAUGGUGACCUGAAAAAAUGACAUUGUGUGGGGUGCGUUCACAAGGACAAAAAUUAUUUGGUACAAUUACUUCACCUUUUUUUAUAUACUUAAAACCAAAACAAAAGCCCCAUAAGGUCACACAACACACACAUUAUUGUGGGCUGGGGGAUCAGCUUGUAACAUAAGCCACAACAAGGAUUGCCAACUGUGGGUCAGAGUCCUGGUGAGCAUGGAGGUCCCUGCAAGGGGCCUGGAAAUCCUGACCACAGGGGGUUUGCAGACUGGAGACUGAAAGGGGAGCCUUUUGUUUGAAGAGUUUAAAACUAGGCCCUACAACAUUCAGAAGAGCCAAUCUGAAUGUACCCCAAAUUUUAUGUUCCCCAAAUAGCACAGGGAUAUUCUCAUAUCAUCUUUAUCUUUUCUUCACCGGCUCAAAAAUCACAUUUUUUUUUUUUAAAGUUAAAUAAAAUUCACCAUUUUCGCCAUUUUAAAGUGUAUCAUUCAGUGGUUUUCAGUAUAUUCCAGUGUUGGGUAAUAUUACCAAACCUAAUUCCAGGACAUUUCAUCCAUUCCAAAAAGAAACUCCAUAUCUAAAGCCACUACCAAUCUUCCUUCCCCCUAUUAGUGGUUCCCUCAGUAACCACUAAUCUACUUUCUGUCUCUGAAUUUCUGUCUAUGGAUUUGUCUAUUCUGGACAUUUCAUAUAAAUGGAAUCAUACAACAUGUGGUCCUUUUGUGACCAGCUUCUUUCACUUAAUGCAAUGUUUUCAAGAUUCAUCCAUGUUGUAACAUGUAUCAGAAUCUCAUUCCUGUUCAUGGCUGAAUAAUAUUCCAUUGUUUGUAUUGUCCAUGUUUGGUUCAUUCAUUUACCAACUGAUAGACAUUUGGGUUGCUUCCACUU